AUUUCGAACUGACCGACGAAGUCCUAAGUCAAGCCAAGCAGAUGACCUGCUUGCUCACGAACGAAGCCGAACUAAAUCGCAAAACCGUUCAACAAGUCGGCGAGGAAAAGACAAAGAUUGAAAUCCUUUCAAGCGUCUCGAAUCAGUCGUAUUUCAAAAACUUCGUCAAUGCCCACCUACGGUUUCACCGGAAGAUGCCGACCUUUUCGUCUGACGUAUUAUUGCUGGGAGAGGUUUCCGGCGACAUAAGACUAAUGGCCGAAGUGCAACUUACGUUCAAGAACGAUUUCCAGCGAAUACUGAACCUGCAAAAGCAGUGGACGAUAGUCGUGGCAAUUGACGCCAAAGUGCACCACAUACAGCUCGAUGCAUUCAAUUCAGAUUACAACUCCAUCCGCUUGCUGUAUCCCCUCUCGGAGCAAUACUUCAUCCAAAAAGGACUUCCAACCAUUAUCGUAUCCCUAGUGCGAUUGGUCCACCACGCACGCGAUUGCCUUAGCCUCCAGAUACCAAUCAAGCUUCAAUCCAACGACGAUUUCGCCGAACUGCUUGAAUUCGGACGAGCUCAACCGCUCAAAAAACUCGCAGCUGGGAGAAAAGAUCGGCACGAUACCAUCCGGUCGCUGAUCAACUUGAACGAGCGACGCCCGCUGCAAACAACUGCCAGCAUUGAGUAUCGCUUGAAAAUGCUACCAUCCGUUAGAAGUCUGGCAACCUUCCUCACCCGCGCUGGGUUUGCGGUGCCGGAAACGGUUAGCGAAUCGACGGUGCAAGUUUACCUCUCCUUGGGAGGAGCCGAAGUGGAAGUACGGUGGGACGCAACGGGCAGUGAGAUUUGCUUAAAAUCGUGCUCGCCGGCGAUUCUGAAGCUGGUGAAAACGGCGAGCUUUAGAGUUCAGUCGAAGGAUGGUGUAAGCAUGGACAAAUUGAAGACAAUCCAACUCCGGCUGACGCAGAGUGACCAACGGAGUGAGAACGUCAUUUCACUGUACCGGCAACUGCGUACAUCCACCAGCAACACGUGAACCUCGAUAGAAAAUCCUCCCCCCAAAAAUGGUUGUUGGUGGUCUAAAAGAAGCGAAAAUGCAUGUGAAGUUUCUUUAAAAUCUAAGAAAACUCAAAUUGAAGUUUGUUUAGUGGUUCAAAGUCAUGGACAUUCAGAAAACAGUGACAAACGAAACAUAAGUAGAGUGCAAUAUCGCAAGAGAAAGUAGUGUGAGCCAAAAAAAAGCUUGAUAUUUGGCACAAAACAUAUUGAACCGGGGAAAACAACGAUAGAAACCCCAAAUAGUGCUCCAAAAACAUUGGCCGCAAAUACAUCGAAAGCAGCAUAAACAUAAACUGAGCUGUGGGGUGUUAUCAUAUCCUGUCAGUCGCAGCAGAGUCUGGGAAGCUUUAUUAGUACCUACAUAUAGCUCUUUCUGUGUAUAGUAGAAGAGCUGCAUUGUCUCUCUUUCGAGUUGGGGCGUAAACCAGAUUCUGCUGCCGAUGGUUGGUGCUUGCUUGCUUAGUGUGAAUGUGUAGUGAAGUGAAGGGAGUGAAAGAGGGGACUUAAAUUGAUUCCUAGCAAUUAAUCGUCUGACACGGGCACAGACAUCAAGAGUUGCACUCCAUUUGCAAAAAAAAAA